AAAGAGAAGUUGCGAUUCAUAUACGGAAAGUGGAGCGACUAUCUGAAGACGGCGGCCGCCGAUGACUACGACGAGUAUUUGCGGACCCAUUCGCAGCGGUUCCGAGUGCCCGACCGACCGGCCGACGCCCCGUCGACGCCACGCAAAAUGUUUUCAAAGCUCAAUAGUCUUACCCGACAACUGACGGGCUCUGGCGGUCACUCGGAAGAGACAACAACGGCCGGCAACGGCUCGGCUCUGACCGCACAGGACUCGGUGGACAAGUCGGCCGCCACCGACUCGGACCAGACAAACGGCGAGAUUCCCAAAAGCGAUUCCAGCCAUUCGCUGGACAUUCCCAACUCGCGACUGGUAUGGCACGUGACGGGUCGACCCGAACACUCGCCACAGUAUUAUCACUUCACGCUGUUCUCCAUGUCGUUAAACCAAUUGACCGACUCGUUGGCCGCUCGGCUGCCGCCCACUGAUAGCCGCUUUCGGCCCGACGUUCGCAAACUGGAAGAGGGAGACCUCGAGAGCGCAGCGCUCGAGAAGAAUAGGUUAGAAGAGAAACAAAGAGAUGUCCGACGACUGCGGAAGAAGAAGAAGGAUCAAUGGGAACCGCUAUGGUUUAAAGCCGAACAAAAUCCGUACACAAAAGAGGACGACUGGGUAUUCAAAGGCGAUUACUGGCGCCGGGAGUUCGCCAACUGUCCAGAUAUUUAUUGAAUGAGGGAUAGCGAUAGCAAUUAAUUAGCAAUUUAUAUUAAUUAAUUAUUAAUUCUAACUUUAUGGUUUUAUUUCACACAAACAUCAAUACAUACAAAGCAUACAAACCGCAAAUGUAAUAUUUUGUCUCUUUCUAAUGGCCAUACGAUUAACGUUAUGUUAUUUUAGUUUGAGUUUUAAUUGUUUGUUAAUUAAAAUUUGAUUUAUUAGUUUGUUUUCUUAAAUUCAUUUUAAUCGCAACAAAAACAUCUCUCAAUUCCCGACCCCAACGCCCCCUCCCCUCUCAUGUCAUCGGAUAUUUUAAUAGAAGUUUAUUAUUAUUAAUUAUAAUUAAUUGAUUAUAUGUUUGUAAUUAUAAUUACGAUUAUUAUUAAUGAGAAAUGUUUUAUACAAUUUAUUUAUAUCUAUAUUUUUUGAUGAUAAAAAGUGAUACAAUUGAAAAGUACACAUAAAUAUUAUAAUAAUUAAAUUACUACAAAUAAUAAACGCAUAGAAAAACAUAGCAUAC